CGAGUGUGUAUUUAUACCUCAAAAAGUUACAAAGAAUACACAUAUAUCUUCUCGUUGGAAAGAAAACCUAUAUUCAACCAGGGAAGUAUCUCGACAGAGUGAAGCUCCCCCUUCAUCCCUACCUGCCACCCUCUUCAGAGUCCUUUCCCUUUAACGGUGCAUUUUUACCUAAUAUCUGCGCCCACCGACAUUUAUAGUGUGCUUUUGCUUUUCACCAAGAAUCAUGGUAUGUGAAGGUUUCUGCUCCCUGCCUUUCCCCUCUUUUCCCUCGGGUUGCUUAUCCUCUUCAGCGCUCCACAACAGUACUGUACUUACUGAAAUGCAUUUUUGAAAACCUUUGAAUGCACGCUCUAGCGUGGGGGCUGGGAGGAGGGUGUAUUUCCACGUACUCCUUUCGCCUCGCGGGUUCCAGCGCAUGCGCUCUGCAGCAGGGCCCAGCUCCCCGCGGGCGCCCUGUAACUGGGAAGGCCAGGCCGGCCUUUGGUGGUAGGCGGGCAGCCAUCCCACGGGAGGAGGCGUGAGCGGGGCGGGGCAGGAACGUCUUUCUCCCGGGCCGCGCCCUGGGCGGGCACAGAUACCUGCCUCACAGACCAUGGCUGCAGCGGCGUUGAGGCAGAUUUGGACCCGAAAAUUUCUCCCUGUCCCUUGGCUCCUGUGUGGUCCCAGAAGAUAUGACUCAUCCAGCUUCAAGGCUGCAGACCUGCAGCUGGAGAUGACACAGGAGCCUCAUAAGAAGCCUGACCCCAGCAAGCCCCUGCUGUUCGGCAAGACAUUCACCGACCACAUGCUGAUGGUGGAAUGGAACCGGGAGAAGGGCUGGGGCCAGCCCCGAAUCCAGCCCUUCCAGAACCUCACACUGCACCCGGCCUGCUCCGCUCUCCACUACUCCCUGCAGCUCUUUGAAGGCAUGAAGGCGUUCAAAGGCAGGGACCAGUGCGUGCGCCUCUUCCGACCUUGGCUCAACAUGGACCGGAUGCUGCGCUCGGCCCUGCGCCUCUGCCUGCCGGGUUUUGACAAGGUCGAGUUGCUCCAGUGCAUCCGCCGGCUGGUGGAAGUGGACAAGGCCUGGGUUCCCGACAGCUCCGGUACCAGCCUCUACGUGCGGCCUGUGUUAAUUGGGAACGAGCCCUCGCUAGGUGUCGGCAAGCCCACGCGAGCCCUCCUGUUCGUCAUUCUCUGCCCGGUGGGCGCGUACUUCCCUGGAGAUGCCUUGAGCCCCGUCUCUCUCCUAGCCGACCCAUCAUUCAUCCGGGCCUGGGUGGGUGGGGUCGGUGACUGCAAGCUGGGGGGGAAUUACGGGCCCACCGUGUUUGUGCAGCAGGAGGCCCAAAAGAAGGGGUGUGAACAGGUCCUGUGGCUGUACGGGCCUGACCACCAGCUCACUGAGGUGGGCACCAUGAACAUCUUCGUCUUCUGGACCCACGAGGAUGGGGCGCUGGAACUGGUGACCCCCCCACUGGACGGUGUCAUCCUGCCUGGAGUAGUUCGACAGAGUCUGCUGGACCUGGCUCGGACCUGGGGUGAGUUCCGGGUGGCAGAGCGUAAGAUCACCAUGAAGGAGUUCCUGCAGGCGCUGGAGGACGGCCGGGUUCGAGAGGUCUUUGGUUCAGGCACCGCUUGCCAGGUCUGCCCUGUGCACCGAAUCCUGUACCAAGGCAAGCACCUCCACAUUCCCACCAUGGAAAACGGGCCUGAGCUUAUCCUCCGCUUCCACAAGGAGCUGAAGGCGAUCCAGUAUGGAACAGAAGCCCACGAGUGGAUGUUACCUGUGUGAUGCUGCGGGCUGUGCCGGAUCGCUCCACGGAUCCACCGACCUGUAGCAUACAGUCCCUGUUGGACCUUCGCCUCCGUACCAGUGAUUCACCUGAAGUGCAAUAUGAAAUAAAAGGCGGCGGGCCGGGACGCCUGGGUUUCCGGUGCCCCCACGUUACACUCCCAAAGCCAUAAGGGCCCGACCCAGGCGUCUUGGCCCCUAGCCCUGCCACUCAGGCCUUGGGGACCAGGACUCCCCGCUGCUCCGUGUUGUGGGGUCAAGGAUACACCUUGACUCGGACUCUGCAUCUCCGUUUUCAGGCCGGAUCAACCGGUGCUGCCGUUGAUUUUUUUUCCUAGCUGCAAUUUUGAAAUAAAAUGCCAAAGAACAAGC